CAUCUGUUGCUAGGUAAAUUAGCCUUCUGUUAUGUCACUGAGAAAGGAAAGGAGUGAAACUGAUUGGCUGUCUGUUGCUAGGUAAAGUUGCCCUCUGUGAUGUCACUGAGAAAGGGAAUGAAGCUGACUGGUUGUGGCUAGCUUAAGGAUCAUUUGUUGCUAGGUAAAUUAGCCCUCUGUGAUGUCAUUGGGAAAGGAAAGGAGUGAAGCUGAUUGGCUGUGCCUAUCUUAAGGAUCAUCUGUUGCUAGGUAAAUAGCCCUCUGUGAUGUCACUGGGAAAGGAGUGAAGCUGAUUGGCUGUGGCUAUCUUAAGGAUCAUCUGUUGCUAGGGUAUCUUCCGAUUCACAGACGACUCCUCCCAAUGUCAAGAUGGUUCACAAUUGAUGCGGCUGCCGUCAGCACCUCUUAGCUUUCCACGAUGGCAGGAGUGACCUUGUGUGAGCCCAACGAACUCUACAAUUUGCUGAACCAAGCUACCCGGGUCUCCAGGUUGGCAGAGCCAAACUACCUCUGUUUGUUGGACGCCCGGAGCAAGAGGGAAUACAAUGAGGACCACCUGGUGACGGCGAUACGAGCCAAAACGAACGCCUUGGGCAAGUACUUGGUCCCGCAGAACGUCAACCUGGAGUGCGUCCGCCACUGCGUGGUCUAUGACGGCGUCACCGGGUCCGUGGAGGCCGCCUUCGACAUGGAUUACGACUUGUUCGAAGUGGACACAGACCUUAAACCUUUUGACACGGGGGCAGACAUCAAGGAGCUGCGGCACAUACCUGCUUCUGAGGACAACACCAAGGACGGCUCCGCGGCUCGCUGUGCCCGGGUCAUGCAGCGCCUCACCCGCUUCCCCGUCCUGGUCCUGCGCGGAGGUUACCAGCGCUUCACCCGCUUCUACCAUUACCUCCGGACCCAGAAGAUCAUAUGGAUGCCGCAGGAACUGGAGGCCUUCAAGCCGUACCCCGUGGAGAUCCUCCCCAUGAAGCUCUACAUGGGGAAUUUCGCCCAGGCCUGCGACAGCCAGAUCCAGAAAGACCUGAAAAUCAAGGCCCACAUCAACCUCUCCGAGGAGGACGGCAUAUUUUUCAUCGGAGACAGCGAGAAGCUCCUUCACAUCCCUGUCCCGGAUUCUCCGGAGGCCAAUAUCUUUCCGUACUUCAGCGACAUCUGCCACUUCAUCGAUUCUCGCAUCCAUAAAGAAGCCAUCUUGGUUUUUUCGACACUUGGCAUCAGCCGCAGCAGCACAGCCGUCAUGGCUUACCUGAUCCAUUCGUGCCGGCUCUACUUAAAGAAUGCUUGGACCUAUCUGCAGAAAUGCAAGGGCAACAUGCGGCCCAACCGGGGAUUCGUCAAGCAGCUCUCGGAGUGGGAAGAGCGGAUCAACUUCACCAGCAUCACCAACAUCUCUGAACCGAAUUACUGAAGGGCAGGCAUCUCCCAGUGCAUUGGCCUAGGAUGGAUUGGGUUCUUCUUUCAAUCAGAGAGAAACGAAAGAUUAGCCUUUUAUUUCAAAAUUGAAUCUAUUUCAUAUUUUUUUAAUAUAUGUAUUGAAUUUGCAGUGACUCUGUGUGAUAUAAGAAUAUAAGAAUAAAGUAUUAUUAUUAUUAUUA